AUGAAGCGGACCGGCGGCAAAUUGGAUAUACUGUUCAACAAUACUAGCACAAUGUAUAAAGCGCCGGCAAUUAAAGCUGAUCCUACCUGUACUCAUGCGAUAUUUAAUGCUAAUAUCUUCGGCUUGUUUGAAAUGGUUUCAACCUUUACUCCUCUUCUUCUAGCCUCUACUUUGAAUACGUAA